AUGAGCCAUAGCAUCGUUGCACCACCGAAGCAGCAUCCAUUCCCCGCCAUUCAGGGCACCACCAACAGUAGCAGCAGAGAGGACGCCAAUCGGCCCAGCAGUACCAGCGAUAGAUCGCCCGCAGGCACCCACCAUCAUCGCCCACUCUUUCGCAACUUUGGACCGGACUUUGUGCGAGACGCCGACGCAUCCUCGAUUGCGCCCGCACCCUCGAUCGCAUCCUCGCCCCGGCAAGCGCAGCAGGAGGGGAAAGCAGGCGCUGCUCCAGAGAGUGUGACCAUCGCCUUUGGCUCCCCUUGGAAUUCACACCAAGCCGAGCAGGGGAUGGCCAGUCACGUCGCCGGGCCGAGCACUUCGGCGCCCCCGCUGAAUACCAUGUUCAAUGCCAACGGGGGCGCGUCCCUCGCUGGCAGCAGCAGCGGCGGCAGCAGCAGCAGCAACAACAACAAUACCGCCACCACCAACAACAGCAAUCCGACGACGGUAUACCCCCCGCAACCAUAUGCGCCACAGCCGCCUCUGCUCUCCGACAAUGGCGUCAAAGCAAAAGACUACCAGGCCGGCGCCACACGCAAGCGAUCGGCGAGCAACAGUCCCAAUGCCGACACCAUCAAGGACAAGAAGCAACGGGGUGAAGCUGCCGACGAGGCGGGGCCAAGCACGUCCAAGAGCAGUCCCGGCAGCAGUCGUACCAACAAUAACAACAACAGCGGCGUCAAUGCCACAGGCAGUACGACGGCAAACAACGCUGCCGCCGGGGCAGCCCUGGUGACGAGCAAUGGCCAGGCCGUCGACGGACGAACAUGGGGCGAGGAAGCCACAAAGCUCGACGUCUAUGUGUGGGACUACCUGACCCGGAGAGGGUUUGCGAGGGCGGCGAAGUCGCUCAUCAGCGAGGCCGGCAUGACUGAGGCGCCCGACGUUCCCCUCAAAACGCCCCAGGGUCUUCUCUUUGAGUACUGGUCCAUCUUCUGGGACGUCUUUGCUGCCAGGACGGGGCGAGGAAGCGUCGAUGCAUCCGUCUACUUUGACUUCCAGGAGUCGCGGCAGAUUCAGAGGCUCACCGAAUCGACUCGGAGGGCCGAGAUGAUGGAUGGUGGCUUCAAUGUCAGCGAUGCAGCCCACCAGGGACGCUUCCCUCCCGUCGUCGUUGGUCAAGGUAAUGAGAGAGCGUCCUCAAUGACGCACUCGACAUCACCGGCUCCGCUCCAGGGCCAACAGCAGCUGCAGCAGCCACCACUGCUACAGCAGCAGCAGCAGCCGCAGCAAGGCAACCCAUCCCAACAGCCUACGCCAGGUGUUCAGCAGGGUCAGCCACAGCCGCCGCAACCACAGCCACAGCCACAGUCGCAGCAGCCACAGCCGCAACAGCAACAGCAACAGCAACAGCAGCAGCAGCAACAACAACAACAACAACAACAACAACAACAACAACAACAACAACAGCAACAGGCACCUCAGCAGGGACCACAGCCGCCGCAGCCACAGCAAGGGUGGCCCGCCAACCAGCAACAGGCGCACACGCAGAUGCUUCUGCUCGCCGCCCAGAGGCAAAAUAUACCCAUCGAAGAGCUCAAGAACAUGAACCCGUCGAUGCGCAACGCCCUCAUCCAGAGCGUUGCAGUCCCAGGCGCGGGCGCACAGCAGGGCAUGGGCAUCCGGCCGGGCAUGCCCCCGACGAUGAUGGUUCAAGGAGGACAGGGACCGGCGCAGGCGGCUCAGCAGGGCCAGCCAGCGGGGCCGGGUCAGGGGGGCCAAGGGCCCAUGGACCACAACAUGCAGUCGAGGGUCCAACAGCAGCAGUCUCUGCACCGGCUCAUCCAGUCGCAGCGGCAGGCUGGUCCGCCAGGCGGGCCCGUGCCACCGGGCGCACCGCCGUCGCAGGGCCGCCCGGGCAUGAUGGCCCAACAGACGCCCUUUCCACACGUUGCCUCACCUGGAGGGGCAGGGCCAGGGACACCCUCAGGCCCCGGUCAGCCCGAUGGCCGCAGGUCGGUUGGUCCGGGCCAGAUGCCCAGCGGCGGUCCUCAGCAAGCGCAAGCGCAACCACCACAACAACCGCCGCAGCCACAACCGCAGCCUGGGAUGCCCGGCGGCAUGGUCCCAGCCUCGGGCGGGCCUGGAGGGCCUCAGAUCCUCGGGCCCGAUGGCCAGCGUCACCCCAUCCUGACGCACGAGCAGCAGACGACGCUGAUGAUGCAGCACGCCCACCUGCACCAGCAGCUCCGAACCGAGAUGCACCAGGCCCAGCACGCACCGAAUGCUGCCGUGGCCGAGCGGUCGUUCAACAAUGCACGGCUCAUUCAGCAAAAGAUCCAGCAGCUCGGCUCACUCCUCAAGGCCCAACCGGGGCUGCAGCAGCAAGCCAUGCUCCAGGCCCAGAAUCAGCAGCGUGCGAUGGGCAUGUCUGGUGCAGGAGCGGCCGCCAACGGCGGAGGUGGGCCAGCUCCCAUGGGGGUUGGACCUGCCGGCUUCCCGCCUGGAAUGGCGCAGCAGCGUCCGGGUGUGCCGGGCGGCGGACAGGUGCCUCCCAACCGCAUCACGCCCGCCAUGGCGACCAACGACCCCGGUCUCAUGAUGAGCAUGAUGGGUCCCGGUGGCGCCAAUGCUGGCAACCCCAUGCCCAAUGGCGUCGCACGACCACAUCCUGGUAUGAUGGGUGGCCAGGGCGGUCCCCAGCCACAGCACCAACAGCAGCAGCAGCAGCAGCACCAGCAGCCACAGCAAGGUCAGCCUCAGCAGCAGCAACAUCCCCCCUUCCAAGGCGGAUAUGACCAGCAGCACCAGGGCCCGCAGCAGCAGCAUCAACAACAACACCAGCCGGGUAUGAAUGGCAACGACUUUGGAGGAGGCAAUGGACAGGACGCCGCCCAGCGCUCGCAGUUCUCCUUUGCCAAUCCCUUUGCAGCCGGCGCAGGGAACCGGCGCCCGAGCAAUGCGCCCGACGAGCACCUGCAGCAGCAGCACGCGCACAUGCAGCAGGGCUUCCAGCACUUUAGCGCCAACCAGACGCCACAGAGACCUGCAGGCCCCACACGCAUGCCCUCGUCUGGCAUGGGACCCCCGCCCAACGUGUCGAGCCCCAGUCCGCGGAUUCCCGUUGGCAAUCUCGGCCAGCAGCAGCACCAAGAUGGAUCGACUGGCGCUUCGCCCGCAACGACGGCCGUGGUGCCCAGCACGCCAAAGAGUCAGGCCGGGGGCGAGAAGAAGAAAAAGGAGCCGAGAGCAAGGAAGAAUUCGAAGCCGUCCAACACCAGCAAGACGCCCGUCAUGACACAGAGCAGUAUGCCACCGAGCAGCAGCAGCGGCAACAACAACAACAACAAUGUUGGUGCCACGGCUAGCACCCCGGCCCAGGCUCCCACACCGGCCAGCAGCAGCGUGCCCACUCCCGGCCGCGACGGUCCGGGCCAGACGCCGGCGAACAACGCUGGCAAGCCGCCCGGAGCCAGUGCUGACCAGCAGCAGCAGCAGCAACAACAACAACAACAGCAGCAGCAACAACAGGCUGUCGCAUCGAAUGCUGCCGCUCCUUCUGGGCAAGAGGCGCCGCCAGACCAGUCUUCGAGCUUCAAUCUCGACUCGUUUGCCAUGUCCUCGGAGCAUGGAAACAAUGCCGGUGAUUCGAACAACCCUUCCUCUGGCGCCAACAACGGCACCUCUUCCGAGGACAUCUCGCAGAUGUUCAACGCUGGCGACAUGUCGCAGCUGUUCAACGAUGUCGAUUUCGGAGGGCCCAACGGCUUCACGUCGUCGGACAGCAACAAUACCUUUGGCAACUUUGGCGACGGUUGGGACAGCAGCAUCAUGAACAAUCUCUUUGGCGGUGACGGGCUCAGCUGA